AUGACAGACUAUAACGGAAGUAAUACCGUGAAGUCAACUUUCACGUUCAACGCAGCGGCCCCGGAGUUCACACCAGGCGCUACAUGGGACGAAUAUGACAAUGCUGCAGAAGAUGAAGUCACUUCAAAAUUGGAGCAACUUACAGUGGAGCCCACCGAAGAAGUAUACUCGGAAGCAGAAUCCGUAAUCGCAAAGGACAUAGAAGAAAAAAUUGAUGAACAGAUAACUUCAAGAGAACCAUCUAUUAAGAAAAAAACAUCUAUUACAGAUUCUGGUAUACCUUUACCGGAUCCCAGACAACAUCUUAACAUUGUUUUCAUCGGACAUAUCGACGCUGGGAAAUCCACUACUUGUGGAAAUAUAUUGUACCUAUCUGGUUAUGUAGACGAGCGUACUAUUGAAAAGUAUGAAAGAGAAGCUAAAGAUAGGAACCGUGAAAGCUGGUUCCUAGCAUUUAUCAUGGAUACAAAUGAAGAGGAACGACAGAAGGGUAAAACUGUAGAAGUCGGACAAGCACGUAUCGAAACAACAAACAAACGAUUCACUAUGUUAGAUGCGCCGGGACAUAAAAAUUAUGUACCAAAUAUGAUAUCAGGAGCAACUCAAGCUGAUUGUGGUGUAUUAAUUGUAUCUGCUCGAAAGGGUGAAUUCGAAACAGGGUUCGAUCGUGGUGGUCAAACAAGAGAACACACGCUACUCGCAAAGACACUAGGUGUCACACAUUUGAUUGUAGCGGUUAAUAAAAUGGACGAUCAUACAUGUGGUUGGUCGGAAACUAGGUAUAACGAAAUCGUUCAAAAGUUACGCCCAUUCCUCAAAACAUGUGGAUUUGUUGAAGGAAGGAACCUUAAUUUUGUACCUAUUUCGGGCCUAAAUGGCCAAAAUAUCAUGCAUCAUAUAUCAGACAAGUCUUACAAAGGAUAUUCACCAAAUGCAGCAUGGUAUCCAAUUACACAACCAACACUAUUCCAACUGUUGGAUGGUGUUGAAAUAUCGACAUUCGACGAAAAAGCACCUUUACGUAUACCAAUCACUGGAUCUUACAAAGAUAACGGUGUGGUAUGUAUGGGUAAAGUCGAAUCAGGUACUAUCACAUCAGGCCAAAACUGUCUAGUCAUGCCUGGUAAGGUCAGGGUAAAAAUACAAAAUGUUCUAUUCGAUGAAGAUGAAUUUGCUUUCGCAAAACCCGGAGAAAACAUCAGACUACGUGUUGUAGGAGUUGAAGAGGACCAAAUUAGUAAAGGUGCCGUUCUAUGUGAUAUAGAGAGGCCGUGCCCCGUUGUUACAGAGUUCAUCGCCAUGGUACAGGUUAUCGACCUCUUGGAACAUCGACCGCUGAUAACUGCCGGGUAUUUCUGCGUGAUGCACGCACACAGUGUAGUUGUAGAGGUCCACUUUUACAAACUCUUGGAAACUGUUGACAAGGCCACGAAAAAGAAGAAACUCAACCCUACUUUUGUCAAAAACAAUACUCUAGUUACCGCUCACCUCAAAGUAUCGGCACCUAUAUGUCUCGAAGUGUUCGACACAUGCCCGCAAUUAGGCAGGUUUACCAUGCGUGACGAGGACAAGACAAUCGCUGUGGGAAAGAUCAUGAGCAUUGUCAAGGCGGAAUGA